AUGAAGCCUGAAAAAAAGGCAAUAUUUGUUGCGACGAUGAAGUUGAAAAGUAUAAAGAAAAUUUCAACAAGCAGACAGAAGCAGGAAAAAAAAUAUUAUUUGAAAAAACUAAAAGAGAUAUACGAUCCGCGCACAAUUGAUGUUGGAGAACCUACAGUUCAAAAUAAGACCCGCGGACGACCGAGUAUGAAGAAACAACAUAAAAAGAAUGUCAACCCUCCAAAUCAGGCUCCUCCUAGAUGCAAUGACUCUACCACAUCAGAGUUCAUUGGGUUGGAUUUAAAUAAAGAACCUGAAAGGCAUAAUUAUUCGUACGACAUUGACUUAAAUGAAGAACCACGAAUGCAUGAUCCAUUCCUAAUGAAGAGUAUUCCUGAUGUAUUUCAUGAUUACAUCGACAAGAUACAAGAUGUACUCGGUGAUGGAAACUGUGGGUUUCGAGCGGUAGCUGUUAGUCUAGGGCACAAUGAAGACCAAUGGCUAUACAUUAGGCAACAAUUGCUUGAAUCGUUAGAAAGUCGAUUUUAUGCAUACCAACAAGUUUUUACUGAUGGGUUCAAUGAGGUCUUUUUCAAAACGAUCGGAUUUUUGGCGCCAUUUUCGUGCCUCUUCUUUUGUAUUGGCCUUCAUACGUCUUCUUCACCCUCCCCCGGCCCCGCCGUAGAAGUUUAUAGUUCAAACAAUUCAUCCACGCCUACCGCCGAAAUGGUGUUUCUUCGCAACCCGAACACGGCCCGUACCAAACGACCUUCCAAUUCAUUCGUUUCCCCAGUCUCUCACCCUUCCAAAAUCCCUAAACCCACCGCUGCCUCCACCGUCAAUGUCAGCAACUCUGUAAAUAUUCAAAACGACGACUCAAUAGCACCUCCGCCUAAGCCAUCAUCAGAAACCCUAAACUCAAUUGACAAAAUGGCUUCGAUCCUUGCAAAUGCCGGUUGUACAUUGCUUAACACUUCCGGCCCUCCUUGCCUGCCUGCUGACCUACACAAGCUCCGUCACCAUCUCCAAAGUCGUUUGUCUUCUGAUUCCUCUAUUCGAUCCCAACUGUUGGAAGGCUUCUCCUCUUAUAUUGACAACCAAAAUGAUCUUCGCAGGGUUUUAUUACCUUCCCAGCGCUAUAGUUCUAGCAACGUCCGAAGUGAGAGCUUAGUCAGGGUGCUGUUGCUGAUUCCUUCGAUCCAGUUAGAUCUUCAAAACAUGUUGCUCGAGAAGCUUCCAGAGUAUUUUGAUAAUGAUAACUGUGGACAUUCAUCAUCAUCUACCAUGCGUCUGGAUGAGGACAUAGCUAGAUUGAUACUAAACCAGUUCCGUUGGCUUGACUUUCUAGUGGACUCCGAGGCAUUUACUGAGAAUCUGUUCCAAGUUUUAUCAAUUUGCCCCCCACACUUAAAGAGAGAGAUCAUUGGAUCACUGCCUGAGAUUAUGGGGGACACUAACAAUAAAACUGUGGUUGAAUCACUUGAGAAGGUGUUGCAAGAUGAUUCAACUGCCACAGUUGCUGUAAUUGAUUGUUUCUCCAGUCUUAACUUGGAUGAGCUCUUGCAAGAUAAGGUUAUAACGAUUGCACUAUCAUGCAUUCGAACGAUUGAAGCAGAAAAGUUGCCAUACCUACUUAGGUUUCUACUGCUUUCUGCAACAUCAACAAAUGCCCGAAGAAUAAUAUCACAAUUCAGAGAACAAUACAAGAUGGUUGGAGUCUUUGAUACUCCAGCCCAAAACAAUAAACUCAAGGGAAAAUCAAUCAUAAAUAACGUGGAGGCUUCUGUUCUUGAUGCUUUGGGGUCAAGUUUUCGUUUUAAAAAUAUACUAUGUCAGGAAAUACUAAAAGAACUUCAAUACAUUGAUAAACCCCAGGAUCAUAAAGUGAUCGACAUUUGGUUGCUGAUGCUUAUUUAUAAGAACUGUGAAUCAAUGCAAAAGAGUGUUGAAAAGCUACUAAAGAAGAAAAUCAUCGAAGGGUCUAUUCAGGAUGUUUUAUUUGAGCAAUGCAUUUUUGGUAACAAGGAAUUGGUAAAGGAUCACUUUUCCUCAUUUUUGCUGAUGUCCGAAUACUUAUUAGCCUGCAAAGAACAGAAAGCAAGCAAAUUUGGCAUUCAGAUGUAUAAGUACCUAUUCGAGGGGUUUCCUGAUACUUACUCAAGACAAGAAGUGUUAGGGGCAUUAGUCACCCAUGUGGGGUCCGGCAUUAUGUUUGAAGUCAAUUCAGCUUUAGAGGCUAUGGUCUUGCUAGCCUCUAAGUACUCUCAAGAACUAAUUCCAAUUUGUUCUUACAUAACUGGUAUAUUAGAUUAUAUGGAAGGGUUUACCUCUGAAAACCUGCAUAAGGUAUAUGAUGUUUUCUGCUUUCUAUCAAGGUCAGCAAGGUCAACACAAUCUAAUAAAGAAUCAUUCGGAUCAUCCAUUGCAAAUGAACUUUUCAUGAUUGUAAGGAAGCAGGUUAGUAAUCCAGAAUUUAAGUACAAGAAAAUGGGUCUAAUUGGAACCUUAAAAAUAUUGUCCCACCUUGGAGACACAAAUGAGGAGGCUCUAGAACUUCUGAAAACAUCUCUGGAUUCAUGUCAACAGUUGCCAAUAUCAUUAAUCCUAUUCUAUGAUGAACUAUCUGCAACUCUUGAUUCAAGAACCCUUCAUCCAGCAAUCAUGGAAAGGGUUGGCCAACUUGUUGGAGAGUUUGAAUCCAUGUUUUUAUCUGAUUUAGAAGAUGGGAAAUUGCCUGCUUCCGACUUAUAUUGUGGUCUAGAAGGAGAGCUAUGGAUGAAUUUAGAUGGAGAUAUAUCUCCUAUUUGCAUGAACAUAUUGUCUCUAGCUUCCUCAUCAUCAAGGCUAACAUCACUACAAACUCUUCCUGCUAAUUUCCGCUUGCUUUCUGUUAUGGAAAGGUUGGGAAAUCAGGGAUCUCUUGGAGGAAUUGAUGCACUUCUUGGAUGUCCUAUUCAUCUCCCUUCUUCUAAGCUUUUCUUGGAAUCUUGGCACUCAUUAAAUAGAAAGCACAAACAUGUUCUAUGCCUCUCUCUUUAUUAUGCAAUUAAUUGGAUCCGAGAGCUACUUAAUGCCUUUGGUACACAAGUUGCUGGAAGAUUUGACUGCAUAAGUCAAGCUACUAAGGAGGAUACAGUCACCAAAAUCUUGAAACGCUUGAAAAACCUCAUAUUUCUUGAGAGCUUGUUGAAUCAUCUUCUCCAAGAGUGUCCUCUCUCCUUACCUGAACUCUACCUUCAUAUCGAGCCCACUCGUUCUGAAAAAAACACAACAAAUAAAGAUUCCUUACAAGGCAACAAGAGAAAGGAUAAAAAGUCAUCAAAGGGAUUGAAAAAUUCUGUCACCCAAAGAAGCAGUGCCACUCAGCUUACACUUAUUGAAACAUGGAAAAAAUCUGGUGUAAUAAACAGCAACGAUGUUUUAAAUGAAAAAUCUACUGGAGUCCCUUCUAGAAGCAGUCCAUCUGAGUCAGCAACGUGUUCUACAAGCAACUUAAAUGAAUUAGUAGAUACUGAUAUUGAGAUUUCUGAAGCUGUUAAACUUCUAGAAGCCCAAAGAUAUAAAUUUAGACCUCUUUUGAUUGAUUGUUUCUCCAUUUUGUCAUAUUCAAAGGAUCAUGAUUCUUGUUGUGCAGAUCCUACAUGUGACUUGCCUGUGUAUCUAUACCUCCUCCGUGAUCUUUACAGCAAGAUAGAAUCUUUUUGCCCUAAACCAACACCCUUCAGAUCCAUGAGCACUCCUCCCAGUUUAAGUGAAAUAUCAACAGUUGAAUUCAUUAACAAGAUUCAGACAUUGUUCCCAACUUUAAGGAGACACAUAGAUUCUGCUAUAUCAUUACUUGAACAAGGUUCUGAAACUUGUCAAACACAUUGGAGGGAUCAAUCUUCCUUAUCUGGUAAUCCAGAAAUACCUAACAUGGUAGUUUCUGUACCUUUUGUUUCAAGUUCAGUAGUCAAAGAGACACUUCAUUGCUUCAGCAAGAUGCUGACAUGUCCAGAUCUUAUAAUGAGAAAGCAUUCGGUUCUCAUUGAUCUCCUCAAGUCUUUCCAACCUAAAAAAGAAUCUUCAUCAUCAUCAUCAUCAACAGGAGACAUAGGUUUAUUAUAUGGUGGUGUCUAUGCUUUCCUUGAAGGGGUUCUUGAUGUGGCUGUUUGUUUCUCAUUUAUGCUUGCUUCAGAAGUGGUGCUCACAUUAGAGUCAUUAGUUGUGUCCCUUGAAAAAUUUGUUGAAAAGCCUAUUGAUGGAAGUAGCAGUAAACAUAUAGUGGUUGACAUUCGGGAACUCAUAGCCACUAUGCGCAAAAAACUCAGCUCUUCUGCUAAAAAACUAUUGACUCAUGAUUGGCAUGAAGAUGUUGAAAAUGGUUGGAAAGGAAAAGGGGAAAUGGUGCAGAAGCUUGUUCAUGUUUACUUGGAAAAUUGCGAGUCUACCUCACAAACACUUGAUGAACUUGCAUGCUCUAUUUUGCCUAUGGUAUCUUUAUCCAGUAGAACAACAGCUGAGGAAACAAGCCAUGGUUUUACAACUCUUUGCUCCUCAACUUUCUCUGUUUGGUAUAAAGAGUUGCAUGAACAGAACCUUGUUAUACUCGGGAAGCUGGUUAAAGAAGGUGUUCACUUAAGUAAAUCAAGAGCUACCCAACCAAAAGACGUGCAGCUAAUUAUGGAGAAGCUUCAUCAAUCUGUAAAUGUAGCUGUAUCCUUGAUAAACAUUUGCAGGACUCAUGACAAGGUUAAUGUUCGCACAAUGGCGGUGAAGUAUGGUGGGAAGUUUGUUGAUUCUUUCUUAAAAGUUUUUGAGUUUCUAGAAACCCACUUUCAGGGCCAUGAUCAGCUUAUCAUUCAACUUUUUAAAGACUUCCAGAAGGGGACAAGAACAAUACAAACCCUAUGUUCGGAAGCAAAGGGUUUGAAACAAACGGGUAUCACUAGUAAAAUUCCUGCAACCAAGAGAUCUUUGGAACGUUUGUUGUUUCGUGUUAAGGCUCUUCUUCAUUCUUCAUCAAGUGGAUGCAAAUUCUGGAUGGGAAACUUGAAACACAAGAACUUGAUAGGAGAGGUGGUGAGCUCUCAAGCGUAUGUAGAUAAUGAUGGAAAUAACGGUGAGGAUUUUGUGGAAAAUGUGGAUGAAGAUCAAGUAAUGAGAGAUGUGGAGGAUAGUGAGGGAGAAGCAGAGUGAAUUAAGGAAAAAGAUGCGUUUAUUUUAGGGUAUGAACAUCAUGAGUACAUCUUGAAAAAUAUUGAAAUCAUUAUAAGUCUAUCAUGAAAUCCAUCUUGAAAACAAAAUCUAUCUUUUUGAAACUAUUUUUGUAUGCAUCUUACUGUAUAAGUGAAAUGAAUGGUGGUUGAGCGAUGAAUCUGCACUAAAAAAAGCGUAAGUGAUAGGUGACACUCAGGGAAUCUUUCGAAUAGUCAUCAUCACCCAUAAAGUGGC